AUGUCUCCCGGCCACCUGAACGGGGACACGAACGGCGUCGUGGGCCAUGUCCGCUUCAUCUCGCUCGAGUACGACCACGCCAAGUCGGACGCCUCCGCCCUGCGUCUUGUCACAGAGCUGCGACCCGAGUGGAAGACCCCCGAAUCCAAGAUUGAGUUUGUGCGCUUCACCGAGGGAAUCACCAACACCCUGCUGAAGGCCGUCAACCGGAGGGAGGGCCUGUCGAAAGAGGAGAUAGACAACGAUGCCGUCCUGCUGCGUGCCUAUGGGCACGGCACCCAGGUUCUCAUCGACCGCCAGCGGGAGACCCAGAACCAUGAGCUCCUGAUGAAGUAUGGGCUCGCGCCCGAGCUUUUGGCCAGGUUCAAGAACGGAAUGAUGUACAGAUAUAUCAGCGGAAAGGCAACGAUGCCAGACGACCUGAGGAAGCCUGCCAUAUACGUCGCCGUCGCCAAGCGACUCGCACAAUGGCACGCCACGGUGCCUUGCUUGCCUUCAGUGCCCCUGGAGAGUAAUGGGGUGAACGGUAGCACAAACGGCACCUCCAACCCAUCCAUAGACUUUGUGGCGCCUGGGAAACCACCACCAAACGUGUGGACGGUGAUGCAGAAGUGGAUCUUGGCCCUCCCAACCAAGACGGAUGCUCAACGCGAGAGGCAAUCCCAGCUUCAGUCAGAGCUGGCGAAACUGAUCGAGGACCUAAGCCAGCGACCUGGGUUAGGAAAGAACGGCCUGGUCUUUGCUCAUUGCGAUCUACUGAGCGGAAACGUGAUCGUUGAGCCCAAGGGAGCGACCAACGGGCAGAGCUCACCGGUGUCUGUGAACUUCAUCGACUACGAGUAUGCAACGCCGUCCCCGGCGGCAUUCGAUGUGGCCAACCACUUCGCCGAGUGGGGCGGUUUCGACUGUGACUUCAGCGUGUUGCCGACCCGCGCGCAGAGACUCGAGUUUAUCCGGGAGUACAUCCGUUCGUACUUCAGCCUGCUGCCCGAGUCCGAGAGGGCGGCCGGCGUCAGCGAGGAGGAAGAGGUGAAGAAGCUCUUCGACGAGGUCGACAUGUUCAGGGGCCUGCCGGGAUUCUACUGGGGCAUCUGGGCGCUGAUCCAGGCCGAGAUAUCGCAGAUCGACUUCGACUAUGCAUCGUACGCCGAGAUCCGACUGGGCGAGUAUUGGGCGUGGAAGGAUGAGGUCUCUGGUGCGAGGGCCGCCCAGGGCAAGGAGCUGCCCCUGCGGGAGAAGCGAUGGGCUCAGCCAGAGUAA